CCGAACAAGUCACUUCCAACCCGGUGUCCGAAGUGACAGCAGCUCGCGCUCGGAGUUCACGUUCCAUGCGGAUGUAGCGAAGGAUGAACUGAGCCGCGUUUGCGCCUUUUUUCACCUGUUGGAGGAAGACGUCCCAUCGGAUCUAUGAGAAAACCCGCGUGGAUUUGCACAAGCGUUUUAAACCUGGAGGAAUGCAUAUUUUCUUGGUCCAACUAACUUUCUGGUUGUCGCUGAUAGGACUAAGUCGAGGCCUGCGAUGCUCCAUGUCCACCGAGUCGUGUUUGAACCAGGGGAAGUGUGAAGCCACUCCAGAUGGGAACGGAGAGUGCAAGUGUCCGAACGGAUUCUUAGGAAACAGGUGCCAGUUCCAUGACCCGUGUAAAUCCCAGCCAUGCCAGGAUGGAGGCACGUGUUGGGCCGAGUCCAAAGGCAACACAGUGGACUUCAAGUGCCGCUGCCUGUCUGGGUGGACAGGCAAACUGUGCCAGGUCCGCGACCUGUGUGCCUCCAACCCAUGUGCCAACGGGGGCCAGUGCUCCACCAUCAACUCCCAGUACGUCUGCGCCUGCACGCCGUUUUACUUCGGAGCGACCUGCAAGCAGGACGUCAACGAGUGUGACGCGAAGCCGUCGCCCUGCAAGAACGGCGGCGUGUGCGUCAACGAGGUGGGCGGGUAUCAGUGCCAGUGUCCACAGGACUACACGGGCAAGCACUGCGAGAGCCGCUACCUGCCCUGCAGCCCGUCGCCCUGCCUCAACGGAGGCACCUGCAUCCAGAAGGGAGAGAGCAGCUACGAAUGCUCCUGUGUUCCAGGUUUUACUGGGAAAAACUGCAAAGACAACAUCGACGACUGUCCAGGUCACGAGUGCCAGAACGGAGGGACGUGCGUAGACGGCGUGAACACGUACAACUGCCAGUGUCGACCGGAGUUCACAGGUCAGCUCUGCACCGAGGACGUCGAUGAGUGCCAGCUGAUGCCCAACGCCUGCCAGAACGGCGGCACCUGCUUCAACACGCACGGCGGCUACCAGUGCGUGUGCGUGAACGGCUGGACGGGGGACGACUGCGGCGACAACAUUGACGACUGUGCCAGCGCCGCGUGCCACCAGGGGGCCACCUGCCACGACCGCGUGGCUUCCUUUUACUGCCAGUGCCCCCAUGGACGCACAGGUCUGCUGUGCCAGCUGGACGACGCCUGCAUCAGCAACCCGUGCCAGAAGGGCUCCAACUGCGACACGAACCCAGUCAGCGGAGGCCAUUUCUGUACCUGCCCGACCGGAUACUUCGGGACUUCCUGCGAUCAGGACGUCGACGAGUGCUUGCUGGGUUCCAACCCGUGUGAGCACGGGGGCAGUUGUAUGAACACCAAGGGCUCCUUCCAGUGUAAGUGCCAGCACGGUUACAUGGGGCCGCGCUGCGAGAUAGACGUCAACGAGUGCCUGUCGAACCCCUGUAAGAACGAAGCCACCUGUCUGGACUGGAUCGGAGUCUUCCACUGUAUCUGCAUGCCAGGCUACGAGGGGAUCAUGUGCGAGAUCAAUACGGACGAGUGCAAAAACAAGCCCUGCCUGAACAACGGCGAGUGUAUCGACAAGAUCAACUCGUUCGUCUGCCAGUGCCCCACAGGCUUCAGUGGAAACCUCUGCCAAAUAGACAUCGACGAGUGUGCCAGCACGCCGUGCAAAAAUGGCGCCAAGUGCAAAGACGGGCCCAACAACUACACAUGCGAAUGCACCGAAGGUUACACCGGGAGGCACUGUGAGAUAGAGAUCAACGAGUGCGUCUCCAGCCCCUGCCACUACGGUACCUGCAUCGACGGCCUGGCCUCCUUCAGCUGCCACUGCAAGCCCGGCUACACGGGGCGCCUGUGCGAGGCCAACGUGGACGAGUGUGUGAGCCAGCCCUGCAGGAACGGAGGCACCUGCCACGACAAGGAGAACGCCUACGUCUGCAGCUGCCCCAGUGGAACCACAGGCAUUAAUUGUGAAAUCAAUAUCGACGACUGCAUGAGCAACCCGUGUGACAAUGGGACCUGCAUCGACAAGAUCAAUGGCUACGAGUGUUCCUGUAAACCCGGAUUUACUGGCACCAUGUGUAACAUCAACGUCGAUGAGUGCGCCAUCAAGCCCUGUCACAACGGCGGCACCUGCAUCGACGGCAUCAACAGCUUCCGCUGCAUCUGUCCGGACGGUUACCAUGACAACACCUGCUUCUCCCAGGUCAACGAGUGCCUCAGCAACCCCUGCAUCCACGGCCACUGCGAAGACAAGAUUAAUGGAUAUAAAUGCCUGUGUGACUCUGGCUGGAGCGGUAAAAACUGUGACAUCAACAACAAUGAGUGCGAAUCCAACCCGUGCAUGAACGGAGGCUCCUGCAAGGACAUGACCAGCGGCUACGUCUGCACCUGUCGCAUGGGCUUCACCGGACCAAACUGCCAGACAAACAUAAAUGAAUGCGCCUCCAACCCCUGCCUCAACCAGGGCACAUGCAUCGAUGACGUCGCUGGCUACAAAUGCAACUGCAUCCUGCCUUACACAGGAGAGAACUGUGAAACCCUGAUGGCUCCCUGCAGCAACAAGCCCUGCAAACACGGGGGCGUGUGUCAGGAGUCGGAGGACUAUCAGAGCUUCUCCUGCGUCUGUCCUGAGGGAUGGCAAGGCCAAACCUGUGAGGUGGACAUUAAAGAGUGUGUGAAGAAUCCGUGCCGUAACGGAGCGAGCUGCCAGAACACUCUGGGCAGCUACCAGUGCACCUGCAAACCGGGCUUCACGGGUCGCAACUGUGAGACGGACCUGGACGACUGCAACCCCAAUCCCUGCAGCAACGGAGGGCUGUGCGCCGACGAGGUGAACGGCUUCCUGUGCACCUGUCUGCCCGGCUUCAGGGGGACGGCGUGCGAGGAAGACAUCAACGAGUGCGAGAGCAACCCGUGCAAGAACGGCGCCAACUGCACCGACUGCGUCAACAGCUACACCUGCAGCUGCCCGCCCGGCUUCAGCGGGAUCCACUGUGAGAACAACACCCCCGACUGCACCGAGAGCUCCUGCUUUAAUGGCGGCACCUGCGUGGACGGCAUCAACGCCUUCACGUGUUUGUGUCCGUCCGGCUUCACCGGCAACUACUGUCAGCACGACAUCAACGAGUGCGACUCUCGGCCGUGUUCCAACGGCGGCACCUGCCACGACAGCUACGGCACCUACAAGUGCACCUGCCCCCACGGUUACACCGGGCUCAACUGUCAGAACUUGGUCCGCUGGUGCGACUCGUACCCCUGUAAGAACGGGGGGACCUGCCUUCAGAGCGGCACCAGCUACACGUGCAGGUGUGAGACCGGCUGGACGGGCCUUUACUGCGACGUUCCCAGCGUCUCCUGUGAAGUGGCCGCCAAGCAGCGAGGCGUGGACGUGGCCCACCUGUGUCGUAACUCGGGUCAGUGUCUGGAUGCCGGGAACGUUCACUACUGCCACUGCCAGGCGGGCUACACCGGCAGCUACUGCGAGGAGCAGGUGGACGAGUGCACCCCCAGUCCCUGCCAGAACGGAGGCACCUGCACGGACUUCCUAGGCGGAUACACCUGCAAGUGCUUGCCAGGCUACGUGGGGACCAACUGCUCAGAGGAGAUCAAUGAAUGUUUCUCCCAGCCGUGCCAGAACGGGGGCACCUGCAUUGACCUGAUCAAUACCUACAAAUGCUCGUGUCCCCGGGGAACCCAAGGCGUGCACUGCGAGAUCAACAUCGACGACUGCAACCCUUUCACCGACCCCGUCACCAAGGAGCCCAAGUGCUUCAACAGGGGGACGUGCGUGGACGGCGUGGGCGGCUACCAGUGCAUCUGCCCCGCGGGCUACGUGGGCGAGCGCUGCGAGGGCGACGUCAACGAGUGUCUGUCCAACCCGUGCGACCCCGUGGGCAUGCGCAGAUGCGUUCAGCUCACCAACAAGUACCACUGCGAGUGUCGCACCGGAUACACAGGUCAGCACUGCGAGGAGGUGUUCGACGGCUGUAAAGCGAAGCCUUGCCGUAACGGAGGCACCUGCGCUGUGGCCAGUAACACGCCCCACGGCUUCAUCUGCAGAUGUCCCCCUGGCUUCGGCGGCUCCACGUGUGAGGCCGACGCCCGGGCCUGCGGCAGCCUCCACUGUCGCAACGGCGGCACCUGCGUCUCCAGCCACAAGAGUCCCAAGUGCCUGUGCACGGCGUCGUUCUCGGGGCCCGAGUGCCAGUUCCCCACCGACAGCCCCUGCAACUCCAGCCCCUGCUACAACGGCGGCACCUGCGAGUACACGUCCGAGGCGCCCUACUACCAGUGCGUCUGCCCCGCCAACUUCAACGGCCUCCGCUGCCACAUCCUGGACUACAACUUCCUGGGAGGAUUCGGCCGCGACAUCGUGCCGCCCACCGAGGGGAAGGAGCCGUGCGCCAUCGCGCGCUGCGAGGAGUACAAGCACAACAAGUACUGCGACGUGCUCUGCAACAACCACGCGUGCGGCUGGGACAACGGCGACUGCUCGCUGAACUUCGACCACCCGUGGAAGAACUGCUCGGUGGCGCUGCAGUGCUGGAGGUACUUCAACGACGGCAAGUGCGAUUCGCAGUGUGAUAACGCUGGAUGCCUCUACGAUGGAUUCGACUGUCAGACCCUGGAAGGACAGUGCAACCCCCUGUAUGACCAGUACUGCAAGGACCACUACGCCGACGGCCACUGUGACCAGGGCUGCAACAACGCGGAGUGUGAGUGGGACGGCCUGGACUGUGCCGGUGACGUGCCGGAGAAGCUGGCGCUGGGCCAGUUGGUGGUGGUGGUCCACAUCACCCCCGAGCAGCUCCUCAACAACUCCUUCGGCUUCCUGCGCGAGCUGAGCCGCGUGCUUCGGACCAACGUGCUGUUCAGGAAGGACACCGACGGCCAGAUGAUGGUUUACCCGUACUACGGCAACAAGCAGGAGCUGGAGAAGUACACCGUCAAACGCUCGGGGGACAAGUGGUCAGAGGCUCCUGCCAGAGUGCUGAAUAUGGUGAAGAGGAGCCUGUUUGACGAGGAAGGAGGAAGCAGGAGGAUGAAAAGGGAGCUGGAUCACCUUCAAAUUAAAGGUUCAAUCGUUCACCUGGAGGUGGACAACCGGCAGUGCUUCCAGCAGUCCAGUGAGUGUUUCCUGGACACCGAAGAUGCUGCAGCCUUCCUUGGGGCUCUGGCAUCCAGGAAAAAGUUGGACAUUCCCUACAAAAUUGAGUCUGUUUUUAGCGGUAAGGACCCGGGUGAGAAGAACCCCUACCUCGUCUACUUGGUUCUGGGCGGCGUGGGGAUACUGGUCUUGCUCGGCGUCGGGAUGGUGGCUGCCCGAAAGCGCCGCCAUGAGCACGGGCGCCUCUGGCUCCCUGAGGGCUUCAAGACCACCGAGAACAGCAAGAAGAAGAGACGCGACCCCGUCGGAGAGGAUUCGGUUGGACUGAAGCCACUGAAAAACACAUCAGACAUUUCACUCAUGGAUGACACUCAGAACGAUUGGGGAGAAGACGACCCUUCGGAUGCGAAACGCUUCAGGCAGUUUGACGACCAGGCUAUCCUGGAGGUGGACAACCAGACGGAUCACCGCCAGUGGACGCAGCAGCACCUGGACGCUGCUGACCUGCGCAUCCCCUCCAUUGCUCCCACACCCCCACAGGGAGAGAUCGAGAAUGACUGCAUGGAUGUCAACGUCCGGGGACCAGACGGAUUCACGCCGCUGAUGAUCGCGUCCUGCAGUGGGGGAGGUCUAGAGACGGGCAACAGCGAGGAGGAGGAGGACGCAUCCGCCAACGUGAUUAACGACUUCAUCUAUCAAGGCGCCAACCUUCACAACCAGACGGACCGCACAGGCGAGACGGCGCUGCACCUGGCCGCCCGCUACGCGCGCUCCGACGCCGCCAAGCGCCUGUUGGAGGCCAGCGCUGACGCCAACAUCCAGGACAACAUGGGCCGGACGCCCCUGCACGCGGCCGUGGCCGCCGACGCCCAGGGGGUUUUCCAGAUUCUCAUCAGGAACCGCGCCACGGACCUUGAUGCCCGCAUGCAUGACGGCACCACGCCCCUGAUCUUGGCCUCCAGGCUGGCGGUGGAGGGCAUGGUGGAGGAGCUCAUUAACUGCCACGCCGACGUCAACGCCACCGAUGACUUUGGUAAAUCAGCCCUUCAUUGGGCCGCAGCAGUAAAUAACCUGGAAGCUGCUAUUGUGCUUCUAAAGAAUGGGGCCAAUAAGGACAUGCAGAACAAUAAGGAGGAAACCCCUCUGUUCUUGGCUGCCAGGGAAGGAAGCUACGAAACUGCCAAAGUUUUACUUGACCACUUCGCCAACAGAGAAAUAAGUGACCAUAUGGACCGGCUACCCAGGGACAUAGCACAGGAAAGGAUGCAUCAUGACAUUGUGCGGCUGAUGGAUGAGUACAACCUGGUACAAAGUCCCCCCAUGCACGGAGGCUCGCUGAACACAACAUUGUCACCCCCCCUUUGCUCACCCAACGGCUUCCUGGGCGGCAUGAAGCAGCCCCCGCCUCAAGGUCAAGGCCAUGGCAAAAAGGCACGUAAGCCCAGCGCCAAGGGCAUUGGCUGCAAGGAGGGGAAAGACAUGAAGGUGAAGAAGAAGAACUCCCAGGACGGUAAGUCUGGGAACCUGUUGGACAGCUCGGCUGUUCUGUCACCAGUCGACUCUCUGGAGUCCCCACACGGAUACGUCUCUGAUGUGGCCUCACCCUCCAUGAUGACCUCACCUUUCCAGCAGUCGCCCUCUGUCUCCCUGAACCAUCUGCAGGGCAUGUCUGACCCACACCUAGCCGUAAACCAUAUGGUGAUGCCAAACAAGCAGGAGCUGGCUCGGAUGCAGUUCGACCCACUUCCUCCCCGUCUCACCCAUCUUCCCGUGUCUGGCGCCAGUGGCCAGGGCGCCAUGAACGGCCAGUGUGAUUGGCUGCCCAGGAUGCACAGCAGCAUGAGCCAGCCAGGGCAGUUCAAUCCCAUGAGAGGAGCUACUGGGGGCCAGGCUGCUCUGCACCAGGGAGGGCAGCAUGGGAUGAUGACCUCCCUCCACAGCAGCCACCCCACCACCAGUCUGUCGCAGAUGAUUACCUACCAGGGAAUCCAGAGCGCCAGACUGGGUCCACAGCCCCACAUCAUGCAGGCUCAGCAGCUGCAGCAGAUGCAGAACUUGCAACAGCUGCAGCAACAGCAGCAGCAGCAGCAGCAGCAACAACAGCAGAGCAUCCAGCUGCAGCAUCAGAACUCAAACACCACCAAUAGCCAGAACUUCAUCAGCGGUGAGCUCAGUUCCCCAGAGCUCCAGCAAGGCACAGGCAACUCCAAUAUGUCCAUCCACACCAUCCUGCCCCAGGAGACCCAGAUUAUGCCCUCCAUCAGCCAGUCAAUGCCCAGCACCCAGUUCCUCACCCCACCCUCCCAGCACAGUUAUUCAGGCCCUUUGGACAACACCCCUAAUCAUCAGGUCCAGGUGCCAGACCACCCAUUUCUGACCCCCUCCCCCGGCUCUCCUGAUCAGUGGUCCAGCUCAUCGCCUCACUCCAACAUGUCCGACUGGUCGGAGGGCAUCUCGAGCCCGCCCACAAGCAUGCAGUCUCAGAUUGGACAUUUACCGGAACAGUUCAAAUGAAGCGCUUGUAUUCUCACAGCCAGAUAAGCUGCUGUAUAUUUUUUAUAAAAAGGCACUCUGUGAAUAAAAUCAAAAAAGAGCAACGCUGUAAACAGGAUUUAUUUGGACUGUUUUUUACUUUACUUUUUUACUAACAGCAACAUCUGUGUUUCAUCCAUUUUUUUAUUUAUUAAUAUCUAAUUUAUACGCACUGCCUGAUAUAGAAAUUUUGGGGUCUAUGGUGUUGGUUCAAACAGAACAGAGGAUGUUUUCUUUUCUCUUUUAGUAAAUUCCACAGUGAAAGCACAGCAAACACACUGGGUAUUUAUAUUCUGACUUUUCAUAUGAUUCUCAAAAUGUUUUAUUUCUUUUCCAAUUCUUUGUAUAAUCGUGUUUAUAAGAUAAAUUGUAAUUAAGUGGCAUUUUAUAGAGCAUAGAGCACAUUUUAACUCCCAGUGUUUCAAGUAUUUUAAUUUGUUUUGUGUGAAAUGUUUCUCAGUUCUCAUAAUAAUUAAACCAGUUGUGAAUGUCAACAGAACCAUACGUUUCACACACAGGUCCUCUCCCUUUUUUUAAUGUCACGUAAUUUUUUUCUUCUGAAGUGGUGCACAUUUCUUUACUCAACUUAAGAACUUAAUGUUGUGCCUGAGGUGUGAUUGCAUUGUGUGGAGAUGUGAUAUGUUGUACAGUAAACAGCCCUCUUGAAGACUGGCAGAUAAAAGAGGCUUGAGUAUCUGUUAGUCCUGUGGUUUGGAGAAACGGCCCAUUGGCCUCAGUAUAUUGUCCAGGGGGAAAAGGAACCAUCAUUUCCUGCCUCCCUCCUAAAGGUUUGAGCCUAUGGCUGUGUUCCUCAUGUAAAUAUGUUAAACAUUUCCCUUGUAAGCAAGAUUUUGUUUAAAAAAUCUGAUGUCUUAAGCAUGUGAUUUUUGUAAUUUUCACACAAGUCAACAGCCUCAAAAAUGUAAAACAGAACAGAAUAUAUAUUUUGUAUUUUGCUCCAUUGAUGCAUAAAUGAAUAGAAAUAUAUAUGAAUAAAUACAAUAUAUUGUUAGUCGACAUUUUUCUCAAUGACAUUUUUAAAAAUACAUAUUAAGUUUAUAUAUUCAUAUUUAUUUCUGUUCUGUUAAACAAAUGAUCCACUGAGGCAACCGUGUGUAUGUUACUAAGUGUUAUUCACUUCAGUGCUUUGUGAGACACUCCUUGGCAUUCUGUAGUUUGCAAAAUGUUUUAAUUUUAAAAACCACAUUAGUUUGUAGUACAGUUGUAAUAUUUGUAAUAUCUUUCUUCUUGCAAAGUUAUCAUUUGCUUGUCAUACUGUAAAAAUGUUUCUUGUGUUAAUAAAGGACACUUUUGAGUCUUGAACUUUAA